UUAAUACUCGGGUCCCGCAACCAGCUCCUGGACGCGGCUUAAUUACGUCGUAUAUCCUUCCGUCCUGUGAAUCCGAUAUCCCGUGUAUGCAUCCGACAGGACGAGAUGCUUGCCGCCAUGCCGAUAUUCAAUCUCGACUUCUCGUCGCCCCAUCGUCCCGUGCGACCCUCCCCGCUGUCCUCCUCGCCCAUCAGGCCGUCACAAAGCUCUCCGCCACUGUCCCCCCGCGACCCCAACACCCUCCCCAGACCCGACACCCAGUCCUCCCCGAUCAGGGAGCCGUCGGCCAAGUUUAGGUUCGCCUCCCGCAGCGCGAAGCCGAACCCGCUGAGGCAGCCGCGGGAGAACGCCCAGGAGAACCGGCGGAGCCUGUUCCUGCGCAAUGUGCGGCAACGGGCCGACGACAAGAAGUGGCUGAGGAGGGGAGGCGAUCAAGAGGCUCUCAAGCUCGAGUGGUCGAUGCUAGACCGGCAGCGACGGCAGCAGAAAGAUGCCGAUCUCGACGGCAUCGUGUUCGAGGAUGAGAUAGAAGACAUCUCCGAACUCCAGCGUGAGGCAUCCCGAUACCCCGACGAUGCCAUGGUCGACGCGAUGGCGCUCGAGGAGGAGGAAGAGCUGAACGCAAUGCUCUCCAUACUCGACACCGAGCCGUCCCAGCCCGUGGCGAGGCCGCCGUCGCCGUCGUUUUCGCUCUCUGACGACGAAGACUACGACAGCCUCUUCGCAAACAUCCUGUCGCAACCAGACGCCGGUCGUCAGGGUUUCGCCUCGUCGGGGCAGAUGGAAAUGGACCUGUCAUAAAAGAUCGUUGGUGGGCUAGGGAUUUAGAGUGUCUCGUCAAUUGUCGGCGAACAAGGGGGAAACGGCAUAAAGGAGUUCGGUAGGGAACAUAGAAUGUGGCGUUGUGGGUAUAUUGUGGUUCUUCUAUAGUAGGGUAUUAUGGUGAUAUUGCGUCGUAUGUGUAUAUAACCCCUCCGGUUUCCCCCCU